UUGACGCACCGUAAGUUCCAACGUCGAUGUAACGUAAAGUUUCAGGGCAACGCCUGUCGGGAUGAAUUGUCAUCAAUGACCGUGUGGUGUUUCGUAUUAUCUGUUUCAUCGGCUUGGAAUGCAACUCUCCGUAAAAAGGAGAGGUCAGGUUAACUUUCAAUCUUGCGGCUUAGAGAUUUGCACCCCAGCCAGCUGGCUCUUAAGAAAAGUUGGAUGGUAUUUGUCAGUAUCUAACUUCUGGUCCAAGAUGUCAAAUCCUGCUGAACGUUUGAACUAUGUUCAAGAUAGUAGCAGUGAUACUGAAACAGACAAAGAGACAGGUGGCAGGGGUCGGCAUCGUAUUUACAAGAAUAGAAUGAGUUGUGGUGGCUCUUCCAAACCAAAAUCUUGUUUGGUACAAAGGGAUGGGAGCAGUGAAAGGCACUGUCAUACCUUCAAUUCUGGCAGGCAAAACACUAAUAUUAAUCAACAAAACAGACUUUGCUCUGGAGUCGGUGUUGGAAAAAAUCAACAAAGUCAAAAUAGGGACAAUUUACCAUCGUCAGGAUCUGUUACUGGUAUAAAUAAUCCUCAAGCUAGUGAUGAACGCAUUACUCUUAUUGUUGAUAAUACCAGAUUUAUCGUUGAUCCUGCAUUAUUCACUGCACAUCCAAACACAAUGCUAGGUAGAAUGUUCAGUUCCGGUGUUGAGUAUGCUCAACCAAAUGAACGUGGUGAAUAUGAAGUUGCAGAUGGUAUAUCUGCCAUGGUGUUUAGAGCUAUUCUUGAUUAUUAUAAAGGUGGCGUAAUUCGAUGCCCGCCGGCAGUUGCCGUUCAAGAAUUACGAGAAGCUUGCGACUAUCUUCUUGUCCCGUUCGACGCUAAUACAGUAAAGUGUCAGAAUUUAAGAGGAUUGUUACAUGAAUUGUCCAACGAAGGUGCACGAUGCCAGUUCGAAGUAUUCCUGGAAGAUUUAAUAUUGCCGCUAAUGGUAAACAGCGCGCGUAGAGGCGACCGCGAGUGUCAUAUCGUUGUUUUAUUGGAAGACGAUAUCGUCGAUUGGGAUGAAGAAUACCCGCCACAAAUGGGAGAAGAAUAUUCACAAACCGUUAAUAGCACCGCUAUGUAUCGGUUCUUCAAGUACAUCGAAAACAGGGACGUGGCUAAGCAGGUAAUGAAGGAACGCGGUUUAAAAAAGAUUCGCCUAGGUAUCGAAGGAUACCCCACCUAUAAGGAGAAGAUCAAGAAAAGAGCCGGAGGACGUGCCGAAGUAAUUUACAAUUACGUGCAAAGGCCAUUUAUUCACAUGUCUUGGGAGAAGGAAGAAGCGAAAAGUCGGCAUGUCGAUUUUCAAUGCGUGAAGUCAAAGUCUGUGACAAAUCUCGCGGAAGCUACUGCCGAUCCGGUAUUAGACGCUGGCGGAAACCCGAUAGCAAUCGCUCUCUUACAAGCAGCUGAACCAGUGCCACAACCAGAGGUUGUUUUAGCAGUUGGUUCGGACGCCGACGUCGAGGGUGCCAUAGGUCUAUCGGCUGAUCACGAUCUGGGACCGAUACCACCUGACGAGUUACCAUGAAUGCCGAUUGUAGAAGUUAGAACGAACAGACACGAAUUUCGAUUACCAAGUAUUUACGGACUGCUUUCUUCUUGUGUCAAUUUUUAAACACGGCCAGACUCGCUUAUCUCACAAUGUCUGUUUAAUUAAGAAAGUUAAGCUUCGAAUUAUUGGUUUCUAAAAGAAUGAGAUUUCAUCGUGUUUCGUCGUAUUUUUAUAAGAUAAUCAACGCCAGACGAACAAAAUUUCCUCAAUGAACACGAUCGCGCUUCACAUCAACGAAGGUGGAAAUAUAUUUCUUAUGUGGGUUCGGCAAAUCUGAUUUUGACCCAUGUCAAAAUGGUGUGUAUAGUGAAGUUAUAUCGCAUCUUGUGGAUGUUCCAACUAGUUUAAAAAAUGUCCGCUGUGACUUUUUCAAUUUUGUAUGUAACGUUAAACAUAAAAACCUCUCUCAUAAUUACAUGUCAAAUACGAAAUAACGAAUUCGUUUGGUAUGUAUCUGCGAAAAGUAUUCCCGUUUUAUACAAUUAAUAAAGUUGAAUAUUGUUUCCGAG